AUGCCACCGCUCGUCUUCAUCGACGUCCGAGACACGUCCGGGCUCAAUCCAAACAUAAUCAGACGCCAUGUCGCCGUGGGGAUCCACCAGAAAAAGCGAAUGACCGACGUAUUCCGCCAUCAAAAUCAUUCAGCUGCCCGAGAGCCACUGGUCUUACGGCCACAAAAGCAACAGCAAGCUGAAGAAGUGGAGGUUGUAGAGCCUCUAUUGCCAAAGCAACAAGCUGGCGCUGUCACUCGCACCUACCCGCCACAAGCACGACGCAGAACGCACGCGCGGGAUCCUAAGACCGCGUUGAUGUUCCGGUGGAGAGCCGGAGGACCGACAGCCCUGAAGCCUCCGAGUGAUGACAUGAAGAUCGAGUACGUUCUGAGCGAGUCCUUCAAUUGGAUGAUGGGCCAAUAUACCUCGUCGUGGUCUUCGCUUGUCCAACGUGAUCCGACAGUUUUUGAUCUCAAUGGCGAAGUAGAAAUCUUCAGAGAGGCUUUUUACAUUGUGACGGACCUCUUGGAUCUCCAAAAGACAGACGCUGCAUUUGCAGUUCUCAGGCACACCUUGGACGCCAUCCCGUCCAUAUUUCGGAACCCCCAUCCAGAAUUGUUGUUUACACUUGUUGAGCUUGCCUAUGGAAUCAACAUGGUCCAUGCCUCUGAUCUCCAUACCAAGAUCAGGCCACAUGUGGCUGACCUCGCAUCCACAAUUUUGGGCACUAAACACCCUCUCACCAUUUUACUGAAGUCGGAAUUCAAUACCUCUUUGAAGACUCAUGUCACUGAGCUUGUGUUCAAUUGCAUCAUCGAUGCCUUGUCCAAAACCUUUGGACGUGAUGCAUAUCAGACAUUGGUCCAACAGAUGGGCCGCUCCCAAUUUUAUUCGCGCACUGGUCGUGGCGAAGAAGGCCAAAAGCUGAUUGCUGACAUUCAAAAUCGAUGGAUGCAGCAAUACGGGGCAAACUCGGCGCUUGCAAGACUCGCGGAGCUCGAGUUAUGCCUUAUGCGAGUGGAGGAAUCCCGAUUACGAGAACAAAAAUCUCACCUAGAUCCAGCACUGGAGGCUCAGGCAAACAACGCCAUGCUGAGGAUCGAAGUCAUGGCUGGGAUCUACUCUAACAAGUUUACGGACAGCCCUUCGCACCAUCACACCGUGCAGAGUCAGUCCCCCGGGACAAUGGCGCUUGCGCAAUGGUUCCUUCAAAACAAGCGUUACUCCUUUGCAUUGCACUGUUACGAACGUGCAAAGCAACCUUUGGCGGAUUGUCAUCACACUUCAAACAGACCUCUUGCAGACCUCAUCGCCGUCACGACAGAAAGUGCUCUGCGUGAAAUGUUUUGGCAACCUAGUCCAUUGUUGAUACUUCCCUCCCAAGCUUCUGUGCAAGAAAACGUGAUGGCAUUAUCAUAG